AUGGACUGCGGAACUGCUGGAACUGCUGCGGGGAUCGACCCCAAAAUUCUCGAUAAUUGGCAAUCUGACGGUGCUUUUUCCGUCGCCUCGUGGGAGCAUAUAGGUUACGAUCAACCUCCGGAGUGGGAUACUAGUCAGGAAUCUAGCCAGUGCGCCGAUGUUGCGGAUCUGGGCGCUUUCCAUGACCAACUAACGGGUUCACUGAUUGAUCGCCCGCACCCAGAAAUUAGGAAGCGAGAUGUGAACCCAGAGAAUUCCGACACCUUCAACUACACCGAGGGUGUAGUAGAGAGUAGCGGAAGUGGUACUGUCAGCCCACGUACGCUGCCCUCCUCAUCUGAUGACAACUUCCAAGCAGAGGAGGCCUGGUCUCCUUUCCAGAUAUUCAACUCGGCGGCAGCCGGCAUGCCCCUCGACAACCCUAUGAUGUACCCGUACGGUAAAGCCCCGACACCAUCGAACGGUGCCGUGAUCGUGGAGGAUGUCGGUGAAUUACCCCAAGACCAAGGAUUCCCGGAUGUCUCGGCCGACGCCAUGAUGUUUCAACAAAUGCCCCAAGGAUUCCCUAUAAUCCCAGAGCAAUGGGAGAUCCCUCACGGCAUCUCAAUAGACAAUAUCCCAGGACAAAAUACCAUUCAACUGGCAAUUGACUCCCAGAACACCGGGAAGGAUCAAUCAGUGCCACGCUUUCAACGAAUGUCUAUGCGGUCCUUGGAAUCUCGCUGGCUGAAUUCGCUUGAGUCGCAAUUACCGCUGACUCAAAUGUCCGCGCCAUCUCUGAUGGCCUCGCAGAAACGUGGCCAGACCGGACAUGACGGAUUUCAGUACAAGUCGGAGAACUCUUCAGUCUCGGGAGAUAUGUCUGGGAUUUAUGAGUGCUCUUACUCUGCAACAAGCGCGGAGUCUCCCACUCUUGUUGAUCACCAGCUGGAUGAUGCUGCCCAGUGGAAAAUUGCUGCUACCCCAGACACGGGGUCGCCGAUUUCCCACCAUGGGGGGCAAGACAACCGCGUUCAUGGUCAGCGUCCCUCUGGCCGACCCAUGCCUCUGGCCAUGCAGUCCUCUGGGGCUGUCCGGAAGCGCAAGAACCGAAGCGCCCCAGGUUCCAUGGACCAAGGCCUGCCAAAACCCUUGCAGAUUGUUCAAGAGGAUGGUCAAGGUGGUUCCAUUGCCUCGGCGGACUUCGUUUCUCCACCACGAGGCGCUCGCCGUAAAGGCCCGCUGAGUAUGGUCGGAAGGGCUAACGCUGGCAUGCGCCGAAAGAACAAGGAUACAUGUGUUCAAUGUCGACUGAAUAAGCGCAAGUGCGAUGGAAGCGCGCCAUGCGAUGCCUGUCGUCCCACAUUACACGAGCAACCGUGCGCACGCGCGUGCUUCUCUAGCAUUGUGGAGUUUGGAACAUGCAAUUAUAUCUCUCAACGAGCUAUUAACCACCCAACAGUGGAUGGAAGAAGCAGAGUACGAAUGGAAAUUCCAUCGGAGUUUGACAUGGGUCGUCUCCUGUCAUUCCUUGGAGAGCGUCAGGGCCGGUUCAACAUCCGCGCUAGCCAAGCUUGGGGCUCUCUAUAUGUCCUAGACCUUGGCGAGACUUACCGCUUUUUGAAGAGUCUCAGCGAUUACAAUGGUAACUCGAAGUCAACGUUUCUCGAGUUUAUUGAUCGUCGGAUCGUGGAGUCAAAAGACAAGUCAAAGAAUUGGUUGACUUGCGUCAAGGAUUGCGAUCCAAUGAACCAAGCCUACACCCUACUUUCCCAAUGGAACAACAUGCCUAGCCGUGCGAAGUACACGAUUGUCCCCCUCGACGAGAAUGGCCAAGAACGGGACAUGGAUAUCAACAACCCCGAAGAUCAUGGAGAUAUCCUCCUCGCCGCGCAACUAUCUCGUAUUGUCUGUCGCAUGCUCGAAGUAGAAGGCUUCCGUAAGCUCGAACGAGACUUCUACAACAUCAAAUGGAAGCAGAUCUCCCAUGAAACCCACCUCCGCUUUUUGAGCGAGCUGGGCCAUAUCUUGCUCUCACUGCGAUGGCGCGUCUCCUGGUGGAAGCGUCUGGGUGAUGGUGGUCAAAGCCCUGACCCCACUCAACAGCACUACGUUGACCGAGUUGAGCUCCUCUGCCGCAUCCUGUAUGUCUACUACACCUGCGUUCUAGCCAAGUUGCCAUCCUGGUCUACUAGCGAUGUACCCAAGGGUACAUGGUCCUCGUACGCAGACUCUGAGAACGCAGUGUGGGAUGACUUUCCCUCAGAUCCGACCGACCUGGGCUUCCAGAACUGGAUGGAGCAUGGCCGGGACUUGAUUGAGCAAGCCGGCGUACCCAGCAAGAUCUCCCCCAAACACUAA